AUGAAUGAAAUCGUAGCGCGCUGGGCGGCAGAGCGGGCGGCGCAGGCCGGGCUGGGCCCGCGCGCGGCGGCAGCAGCGCCCCGGGCCGGAGGCGGCCCAGCCGAGCGGGCCAUGGCCACCGCCAUUCAGAACCCGCUCAAGUCCCUAGGCGAGGACUUCUACCGCGAGGCCAUUGAGCACUGCCGCAGCUACAACGCGCGCCUGUGCGCUGAGCGCAGCCUGCGCCUGCCCUUCCUCGACUCGCAGACCGGCGUGGCCCAGAACAACUGCUACAUCUGGAUGGAAAAGACCCACCGCGGCCCUGGUCUGGCCCCGGGACAGAUCUACACGUACCCCGCGCGCUGUUGGAGAAAGAAACGGAGACUUAACAUCCUGGAGGACCCCAGACUCCGGCCCUGCGAGUACAAGAUCGAUUGUGAGGCACCCCUGAAGAAGGAGGGUGGCCUCCCCGAAGGGCCUGUCCUUGAGGCGCUGCUGUGUGCUGAGACAGGGGAGAAGAAGAUUGAGUUGAAGGAGGAGGAGACCAUUAUGGACUGCCAGAAACAGCAGCUGCUGGAGUUUCCACAUGAUCUCGAGGUGGAAGACUUGGAGGAUGACAUUCCCAGGAGGAAGAACAGGGCUAAAGGAAAGGCAUAUGGCAUCGGGGGUCUCCGGAAACGCCAGGACACCGCAUCCCUGGAGGACCGAGACAAGCCGUAUGUCUGUGAUAUCUGUGGGAAACGGUAUAAGAACCGGCCAGGGCUCAGCUACCACUACACCCACACCCACCUGGCUGAGGAGGAGGGGGAGGAGAACGCCGAGCGCCACGCCCUGCCCUUCCACCGGAAAAACAACCAUAAACAGUUUUACAAAGAAUUGGCCUGGGUCCCUGAGGCACAGAGGAAACACACAGCCAAGAAGGCGCCCGAUGGCACUGUCAUCCCCAACGGCUACUGUGACUUCUGCCUGGGUGGCUCCAAGAAGACGGGGUGUCCCGAGGACCUCAUCUCCUGUGCUGACUGUGGGCGAUCAGGACACCCCUCAUGUUUACAGUUUACGGUGAACAUGACGGCGGCCGUGCGGACCUACCGCUGGCAGUGCAUCGAGUGCAAGUCCUGCAGCCUGUGCGGCACCUCGGAGAACGACGACCAGCUGCUGUUUUGUGACGACUGCGAUCGGGGUUACCACAUGUACUGCCUGAGCCCCCCCAUGGCGGAGCCCCCGGAAGGGAGCUGGAGUUGUCACCUCUGUCUUCGGCACCUGAAAGAGAAGGCCUCUGCCUACAUCACCCUCACCUAGGCCUGGCUCUGGCUCACCCGGACCUCUGGGGUGGUGCUUACCUAUCUGCCUCUCGGAGCUCCUCCACGCUCUCUCCGCCCUCAGUGCCCCACAGUGGAGGGGGACAGGGGAAGCCUGAGAGGGGGCGGGGCCACCCCCUUCCCUCUGUGCAGGUGGAAUGUUUGCCCUGUGGGUUGGUGGGCCCAGCAGGGCCCCUCUCCCUUCCUCCCUCCUUCCCCAUCCCUUGGCGAAUGGGCACCGGGGGCUUCUGCUCCCCUCAAAGCCAUACCCCGCCUCUGGGCGGGCAUGAGGGGUGGUAGAUGCCAGCCCGGGGCACGGACACAGCGUUUUUCUAAAGAAAAAGUCAAAAAGUUAAAAAAAAAAAAAAAAAAAAGAAAGAAAAAAGAAAUUAAUAUAUACAAAGAGUCCUAUAAGGCCUGGCUGGGUGGAGGGGGUGCUGCCGAGCGCAUCCACUGGGCACCGGUCUAUGCCAGCUUCCUGCCUACCAGCCCCACCCCCCAGUUUCUGGAGUUGCAGCUGUCCCACCUCCUCACCCAGUGUGGGCACCGUCCCCCUUCGUGCCCAGGGCAGGUGGGUGUGGUGUCCACCCUCGCCCCCUCUUGGUGCCCACCGUGGAUACUGCAUGACGUGAACCAUGGUUUUGAACUCCGUUCCUGCUCCCUCCCUGAGAGCCCCACCCUGCCCGCUCUGUGCCUGCCGCCUGCCCUGGCUGGUGGGCGUCGGCUGGGGGGGCAAGGCGGGCAAGGCGGGCCCCUGCCCAGCGCCUGCUGGAAUGAGAAGCACAGACUCUACAACGGACAAGUUUUUCCCCCUUCCCCUGCUCCAGUUCCCCACCGGCCAGGCCGGGCUGCCCCCUGCCACCCUCGCUGGCCAUUUUGGGGGUAGCGAGGGGGCGUGGUUGUUUCUUGUGGUUGUGUGUGUUUGUUGUUCGGGUUAAAAAAAAAGGGAAAUUGAGACUGCAAG